UGUUACAGAGCAAAUGAGUUCAUUGAAAGCUCCAUUCAAAUGGCAUCAGGAAACAAAGAGAAAGGAUGCAGAAGUCUCUAUUUGCACAGUACAUUGCAAUAACCUGUUUUGCAAAUAAAAUAAAGAUGGAAACCACCAGACCAUUUGUGCAUUCUACAUCAGCAGCAACAUCUCUUCUCAUCAUCUUCCCUUCUGCUACAUCAACUUAAAGUAGGCAUUGUAAGAUGACAGCCUACAAUAAUGCGCUGCAUGAAUAAAAAUGUCAUUAUCUCUCAGUGUGUUUUUGUUCAAAUGGUAGCAUCAGUAUACUUUUAAAUAAACAAUGUUUGUUGUACACACACAAAAAAACAGUCCAGAGGCUUCGUAGUGAACCUGGUUACUGACAUAUGUGUGUGAAAGCAGCCUGCAGAGACGGCAGUACAGAGGCUGUAGUCGGGAAAGAUAACAGUGUUUUUUGGGGGAAGACGUCUUGUCUGUCAGCUCACAGAGUCGCACCAGCCUUCUCCUCUUUAAGGAGUGAACCCUGGGCAUCAGGUGGAGAUGGAUGUUUACUCCACCGUAUAAUUGCAGCUUUUGAAUUCGUGGGACCUGCUGCCAGAUGACCAGUGGACCUCAUCUAACCCUCACCAACAUGAAGCCCGUCAGCUAUCAAAGCAUGCCGUCCUCUGUGAACGGUGCACAUCCGGCUUUGGAUCACAUGUUAAGCGCUUCAAACUUGAUGUAUUGUGAGAAAUGUGGGUUCGCUUCGCCAGACGCUGCGGUGUUCAAGAAGCAUAUGAUCGAACAUAUGGGGACAAGGUUUUAUUGUUUUUAUUGCAACAAUGUCUCCUUCAGCGAGGCCAGUGAGCUAAACGCUCACCUGAAGCAACACACUGCAAGGCAUCCAUUCAAAUGUCCUCACUGUGGGCAGGGCUACAUGAGGAGGCUGUGCCUUGUGAAGCACAUUGAGCGUUUGCAUAAUAAAAACAUUAACUGUGGACCUGCUAAGCCUGGCACAACAAAAUUUCCACAUGUUCCUGUCUCCAGUGCCUUACCAAGUGUGCCCACUGCUGAUUCAUCGCCACUUCCACCAGUUGUUCGGGUGACGGUGCCCACCCCGAGUGCACCUUCAUUCAGACUGGGUAAAGAUGACCAGAGGGGGAAAACACUGGACACAAAUAUAUCACAUGCCUCUAAUGGUAAUGCAGAACGUUUGUCCCCUUUGAAUGGACUAAUACAGCACAACAGGGCUUUAACGGUCUCUCUUCCAGAGGAAGUAACGAUCCCUGCUGGCUGUUUGGUUGAGCUUGUUGAGGUGAAAACCGUCAAUGGGACCAAGGAGUUAAAGCUGAGGCUCGUCUCUCAACAAGAGAACGAGUCUGUCAUAAAAGACACGAGGACCACGGUCCCACAAAACACUGCACUGGGAAAGCAAUUGUCGUCUACGUUAAAUCAUCCAAACACAGUGAAGUCCACGAGUUUGGGGAUGAGCACAAUUAACAGGAAGCAGUAUGAAACCAAGACUGUGAAUGUUGAGCGUCCUGCUGUUGUCCCAGUCAACAUUUCCAAAAACGUCCCGAGUCAAAUCAGCAAAGACAAAAGUGGACUGAAAAGAACGUCACCAGAAAUAAUUAACCUGGAAUGUCAUACACUCAUACCAAACAAGCUUCCCAAAAGCAUCCUCAACCCUGUGAGAGAAGGUAAUAGUGGGAUCAAACUUACACAGAGAGAACCUGUAAACCAUAAUGCUGCUCGGCCCACCGUUAGUCCCACCAGGGUUGUCAACAGGUUAACGAGCGGCCUGCAUCCAGAAAACAUGGGAGCAUGUGUUUCUCAGAGAGCAAUGGACGAAAGAAAGAGUUUGAUCCCAGAGCAUUCCAAGAGUAUCCCUCCCAGGAGGGCAAGUGACAUCAAAAGCAUUCCCCGAGAUGUGUCACUAGCGGUGAAGCUGGAACCCAGGGAGAUGCAUCUCAAGAACAACACUUCUUCAAAACUGAAGAAAGAGGCAUUGAGCAUGAACCAGCAACGUUUGAAGUCCACUUCACCUUCGUUGAGUGUUCCCUUACCCGCAGCUGCACAAGUGAGACCUCCAGCGAUUUCAGUUUGUAAGGAUAAUGUUGUGAAAUCAUCUUUUUUGACGCCUAGGACUCUAAAUGAGCCCCAGCCAUUCAAACCACCUGUGCUUUCAAAUCGCACAAAUUCAAAGAUCUCAUCUUGGAACCACGAAAUACGAUCCAGUGAGAGAGCCGGAGAGGGAGACUUGCAACAACCUGAGGGUUUUCCAGUCAUCUCGUCUGUGUUUUCAUUGAGUCAACAACCUGAGGACGUGCAAGGCCCCAUUCAACCACUGGUAAUGGCUCUGCGUGGGAUAGUAAUGGAUAAAACUAACAGUUCUGAUAGUACAACGCAAGAGCAGGCGAAGGAGGUGGAAACUUCGAGGCACUGUGGUCAGUUGGCUAUGAAAGAUGGAUCCAUCAUCCGCAAUCUUUUAUUGAAAGAGCGGACCAGUGAGCCUGUUAAAAUAGAGGAGCACCAUAAGGGUAUUCAGCACCCUUCUGUACUGACCCAAAACCAUACCCAUGUCAAAGAGGAAAACAAAAGCAGCACUCCAAAAGGCAAUAACAAAUGCGAUCAUACUCCUGAUUCGAAACCUUCAACAGAUGAGAAAUCUGUUUCUAAAAUUGAUGCGCCUGUGGAUGCACCUGGGAGUGCAGACCCUCCACAGGAAGUGGUAAAAAGUGAGCAUGACAUCUCCUCAAAGUUCCUGACUGUGUCCCUCAAAAGGGUACAAGUAGGCGUGUGGAAAAAAAACAAGAAGGGCCUGAAACUUAGAAUAUCCAAAUACAAGACUCAGGAACCUAUGGGCAGUCUAACCGACUGCACAGUUAUUUACCCAAUGCCGCUGAAGGAGGACCAGCUGGUGAAACGGCCAGGCCCAAACCAGCCUGUGGUGGUGCUCAAUCAUCCGAAGCCCCGCUCCUCCAUACAGGGAGCGAGUGCAGACACUUUAGCAGACACGGGAGCCUCCGAGGUGGUUCCAAAGUGCCAAAUCUUAAAAAUGAGGCUGAGCAAAGUGAUGGGGCAGAAGUAUGAAGUGAUGGGCUGCACUGUCGGAGUCUUUCCAUGAAUCUAUCAGACAUUAUCUCAAUGGACAGAAGUGUACAUUUAUGAUAAAAUAACUAGUGUUACAAUGGAGGAGAUGUUAACUUUAACUAAAAAAAACAAGAGAAAAUAGUACAGCAGUUAUUUUCUUUAUGGGAGUGCGAACUUAAAAAAGUGGACAUCUUCAGAUCACUGAGCAUAAUGUUUUAUGAAUGUUGUUUUUAUAUAGGCAUGGGAUUUGGAAUAUUCAAGUGCAAUGCAGUUUGGCUGCUUUGAAUUAUGGAACGUGGACCAUGUGCUGUAGUAGAUAACAGUCAGUAAUACACAGAUGUUAACUACUGUUUCAGUUUGAGAAACCAGUAGUUCUGUCAGAGUUGAGGCAUAAAUGCAUGCUGUUUACUUGAAAAUGAUAACAUGCUGUAUUUUAUUUUUAUUUUGUUUGGUUUGCUUCAACAAAACUUUACUCUUCAUCUGGCCCCGUUUUAAGAUACAAGUUGAAUUAAAUGCACUACACCUGCUAACCGACCCAGUAUAUAAACAAUGCCGUGCACAGCACUCAUGGCGGCUGUUAAGAAACGCUGAAAUAUUUGGGUUUGUGAGGAUAUUUAUGUAAGAUUAAAUGUGUGGGUGAAACCUCACAUGCAGUAUUUAACAGAAAUAUUUAAUGAUGGGUCCUAUUCACUACUUAAAGUUCAAUCCCCAUUUCUCUGUUGCUAAUAGUCGAAGACAACAAAAACAAAUUUGGCAAUUUCCAGUCCUACAAAAUGUAACCCUAACUGCGUUUUCUGUGAUAUUUGCUACUGACAUUAAUGCUUCAUCGCAAUUCAGGAGCUGCAUACAAAAAGUCUACAUAUCAACACUGAUAACUUUAUCGACUUAACUAAUGUAUGUAAUGUCGCAUUUCAAAUUUGGCCAGAGAAAUGUUGCUUACUUAGAGAGCAGAGCUGUGUGCAGCACUGCAGUGCGUUGGUCAGUAGAAUAGUGGUGCUUUCAGGUACUCUUUGCAAACUCCUAAUUUUGAGUAUCAGUCACGAUACACUGAUGCGGCCAGGUGUAAAUAAUGAAAGCUAGGCAUGUACACCACUGUUUGUUUUAGUUAUUUUUUUUCCAUUUAUGUGUUGUGUGAAGUGAAAUAAGCUGCACCCGAGUAUUAUAAAAACGUGCCCCAGUUUGUCACCAGUAUUUACCACUUUGCUGGCCAUUCUCUGCAAUGAACUUAAUGUUUAUUUUGUUCACAAGGAGUGCCUGAAUGCACCAUUAGGUUUCUGUGAGAGCUAAAGGGUUAAAUUCAUCAAUUCAUUAAUGUCUGCAUUAAGGGCAGGAGUAGUCUUAAAGAAUGCAUUUUUAUUUGAUUGCCCUUUCAUCUUAACCUGGACAUUCAUAUUUUUAUUUUUUAAUUUUGAAUGUCAACAUCUAAUUGAUCUCAUAAUUUGUGAUUAAUUAGUUACUUGAUGGUACAGUCCCAGAAACAAGUGUUAAUUCUAAAAAAAAUAUGAUGAAUUAUUGUUGCUCAUUGUGUUAUACAGUUUCUUUAGUGUCACAACUUCCAUGCAUAUUAGCCUCUUUGCAGAAGAAGCUGGAGCUCCUUAAACAGCGGGGGGAAAUGGAGUGGAUAAAAGCAGCCUAAACUGGUUCAUUACUGCAACAGAAAGCCACGUAAUUGUAUUUUUUAUUUUAUUUUAUCUUACCACCGUGUACAUAGUCAUUGACUGUAGUGAUUCUUGGGUCCUUGAAAACCUUAAAACUUGUAUAUUUUUAAAAAACCACCAAAAGGACUUUCAGAUCUGUUUCUGUCUCCUCUUAUGACAGCAUUACAACACCUCUGUGUUCUUGUUUAUAAUGUAAUCAUGUAUGAGGUGCUAGACCUAUGAUAAAAUGUAUAGGUUUUGGUUGCCCACAGUUUUUAUUGUGUAUAUAUGCUUUGGUCACCCACAGAUUUUAUUGUGUAAAUACUGUAGCCAUAAAUAUAAAACGUGAUGACUGGUGUUCAUACUCAGUAGGGAAUGGUUAACAUUCCUCAGCCUCUUCUGCAACAGCAGUUAUGUUGUGCUUUACCUUCCUCACACUGCAGUGUCUCCAGCUGCCGUGUAGUCUUUGUUCUAUAUAUAGAUAUAUUAUUUUAAAGGUGUUUUAGGGUGUAACAGUUCCUUAUGACUUUAUUUUAUUUUAUUUUUUUGCUUUGCCUUUCAUUCACUCAUUUGUGAGAAUUUUGUCAUGUUACAGUUUUUGGUUCUCUUCAUUCUCAGUGGUCAUUAUCGUGUUCCAUGCUUUUAUAAUAACAAUUCUGUAACCUUUUUUUUUCUAUUAAAACAAAGUAAAUGAACACAA